UAGAGAGAGCCGGCGAGCGAAGGGGACGGAAGGGAGGGGAGAGAGAAAGAGAGAGAGAGAGAGAGAAAAGAGGGGGAGCACAUGUGUAUGCUUGUCACUAAGGGGCUGGGAGAAGGACUAAGGGAAGCGAGGUAGCUGGCCUCAGCCGCCAUAUGCUGACUGGAUUCCUGUUCAUGUCUGCUGUGUGAAGACUGAAGGUUUGUGUUGUGUGCUGGCCGGCUGGGGAACACGCCAUGGGAAGCUCACAUCUCCUCAACAAAGGCAUGCCUCUAGGCAUCAGGCCCCCCAUUAUGAACGGGCCCAUGCACCCGCGCCCCCUGGUGGCGCUGCUGGAUGGGCGAGACUGCACGGUGGAGAUGCCCAUCCUGAAAGACGUAGCAACCGUUGCCUUCUGUGACGCUCAGUCCACACAGGAGAUCCACGAGAAGGUGCUGAACGAAGCUGUAGGAGCUCUGAUGUACCACACCAUCACGCUGAUGAGAGAAGACCUGGAGAAGUUUAAAGGUCUGCGCAUCAUCGUCCGGAUCGGCAGCGGCUACGAUAACAUCGAUAUCAAAUCUGCCGGGGAACUGGGCAUAGCUGUGUGUAAUAUGCCAGCCGCCUCAGUGGAGGAGACGGCGGACUCCACGCUGUGUCACAUCCUCACCUUGUACCGACGCACCACAUGGCUGCACCAGGCGCUGCGGGAGGGCACGCGGGUUCAGAGCGUGGAGCAGAUCCGAGAGGUGGCGUCAGGAGCCGCGAGGAUCCGAGGAGAGACUCUGGGACUUAUAGGGCUCGGUCGAGUGGGCCAGGCUGUAGCCCUGCGAGCCAAAGCAUUCGGCUUCAACGUGAUCUUCUACGACCCUUAUUUAGCUGACGGUGUAGAAAGAUCCCUGGGACUACAAAGGGUCACCACACUACAGGACCUGCUCUUCCACUCCGACUGUGUCUCUCUGCACUGCAGCCUCAACGAACACAACCACCACCUGAUCAACGACUUCACCAUCAAACAGAUGCGACAGGGGGCGUUCCUGGUGAACACGGCCAGGGGGGGUCUGGUGGAUGAGAAGGCCCUGGCUCAGGCCCUGAAGGAGGGCAGGAUACGUGGAGCUGCUCUGGAUGUCCACGAGACAGAGCCCUUCAGUUUCAGUCAGGGCCCGCUGAAGGACGCUCCCAAUCUGAUCUGCACCCCGCACGCUGCCUGGUACAGCGAACAGGCAUCGCUGGAGAUGAGAGAGGAGGCAGCCAGGGAGAUCCGAAGGGCUAUCACAGGUCGUAUCCCAGACAGUCUGAAGAACUGUGUGAAUAAGGAGUUCCUCUCCCAGAACAACCACUGGGCAGGAGUUGACCCCGCUACAGUCCACCCCGAGCUCAACGGGGCUUAUAGGUAUCCCCCAGGAGUGGUGAGCUUGCCAGCUGGCGGCCUCCCGCCACCCGUUGAAGGCAUCGUGCCCAGCGCUGUGCCCAUCACACACACCCUCCCGCCCGCUGUCACACACCCUCCACAUGCCCUGUCCCCCGGACAAAAUACAGUCAAGCCACCAGAGGGCGACAGAGAGCAGCAUCCGAAUGAUCAACUGUAGCCACAAACACACACACCCACCCACCCACACACACACACACACACACACACACACGCACGCACGCACGCACGCUUGCCUGUGUGACAAGUUGUUGUCAGACAGGUUCACAGAGUGUCAGAUGGACAGGUUGAGGUCCCAAUAACAAUUGAUUCACAACUCUCUGGCAAAUUGUUUCCCAGCAGCCAGUUCACACUCCAAAGAAGAAGAAGAAAAAGAAGAUGAUGAAGAGGAUGAUAGCUGUGAGAUGCUCUAAUCCAAGAGCAAGACAGUUGUCCUCUGCUCCAACCAGAAGUCCUGAGAAAGACUGUAAAGAUCCACAGGUUGAUCUUCACAUAACAACUACAGUAUAGUCACGUUUCUGCCAGAAAAAAUACAGAAGAUUCUGCUGUCUUAGACUGUAGUGCGUCCAAAGUUUCAUGUCUUUCACUCUUUUUCUGUGUCUUUUCCUUCGUUUGGUGUACAAGCAAAGGUAGUAGGUUAUGAAAUGAAUGUAACCUGUCUGUGUACAGCUUUUAGAGUUACAGCAAGGACAUACUGAUAGUUGUAUUCCAGUCUUAAAGAAAACAAGGGUUAUGUGAUCUCUCGAUGUAGCCGAACUGGUUUCAGAAUACAAUAUCUGUUUUUGUUUUGUGUCCCCAAAUUAACCCCCCCCCCCCCCCAAAAAAAAAAGAAAGAAAAAAGAGGCAGCUUUUUGCACACCAUCUCAGGAAAUUAAGUUUUCCGCAGUUGGUAUGUUAUUUAUAAUUAGUUUUGAAAAUUCCUCUUUAUGCCACUUAGUGCUUUUGUUUUUCUACCUGCUUGCCUUUUCGUGUCCUGCUACAUUAGAUAAAAACGACUUUACAACACGAGUUAAAGUUGAUCUAAUGUUUGCUUUUGUUUGUUAUGUUUAAGGGGCAUGUGAUUUUGCUCUUGGGACUAAAUGUUUGACCCAAAUCGAGGGGGUUGCGGGAGGAAAGGCUGCGGGGAGGUGGUGUAAUGGUAUGCCUGGCUGGGACGACUUCAUCCCUAGUCGCCAUUUGAGUUUGCAAAAUAGAGAAGUUGGGUUAAUUACUUUGAAGGACAAAACAGGUUGUGGACGAGGCAAUGCACUGAGAGUUUGUAGCAGCUUACAGUUUGAGAAACAGUCUCAUAAAAAGUGUUUAUCUUUGUCGUCUUCAUGUCUAACGAUCCAGUACUUCCACUCUUACACACAUUAAUGGUCCAAGUCAUGGAGCGUGAACAGUUCAGCACACCAAGGUUUACAAAUGAUGCACAACAUUGGUGAAUCGGUGUGUUGCUUCAUGCUAUGGAUCCGUCAAAUCAGCCAACAGAAGCAUCAACAGAUCCUAUAUAUCAGUUAUACAUCCGCUUUGCUUUCUGCCAAAACCAUUUGUUUCUUAUUUGAAGUUAAACUCACUUGUACAGAUGUCACACUCCAGUUGAGGACAGCUCAUGGUUAUUGACUGAUGAGGAACAUUUGUGUUCUUGAAACCAAAUUCUCUUUUCUUUUGUUCCGCUCCCAAAUUGACCCGUUUUAAAUACUCUGUGGCAACAAAGUAAAGCAUUUCAUGAUAGCAUGUCAGAACGUACUGAUUUCUCCAGUCUAGUAUCCCUUUAACAUUUCAUGAUGGGUCCUGAGUAUACCGUUUAGCCCUCUGUGGCUUCUGUGUCUAUGUGUACAUAUGGUGUUCUGCCUGCCUGUGUCAAUGUGACUUGGUUGUAUCUGUGUCUAAAAAAGCAGCACUGGGAGGAGGGGGGGGGGGGGGGGGGGGGGUGGCUAGUACUCUCCACAAGGCAUCAUUACAAAGACUGCCGUCUAAAAACACAACACGCUGAUGUUGUUACGCCAACGGUCAAAUAUCUGAAACAGCUCCAGUUGACGUGUUGUAGAUGUUAGCGGGCCAGCUGAGUGACGGUGCUUUUUGGAUCCCCUUCUACCAGCAGCUGAGUAGUAAAAACAGUUCACUGUUGCCUACCUUGGUCUUCUUCACGGUGAGGUAGUAAGAGUAGCAAUCAGGGAUGGACAUUUCACUACCUAUUGGUGAGUUCUCACUGGCCAGAAUCUAAAGGGUUGUCUAGAACAGAAGGUUCUGACAAGAGCCCCAAGAUGCUGUAAUAAUUUGAAUUAUUCUCUUAGUCUUUCCUCACCAGAUGCCUGUCCUUGUGUGGGGGGGGAGAAACUCUUUGCUAAUACAUCCCGAUGUGAACUGUAAGCAUUCCUCAUUCAAACCGACGGGUGCCACAAGUUAAAAACAACAGACUAGAUUUUAAAGUGUCGAGGUACUCCUUGAAAUUCCAUCCCUGGUAGUAACACGCAGUCCACUGUUGCCUACCUUGGUCCCCUUUAUGGUAAAGUAGUAGGCGUAGCAAUAUACAGUAUACAUAUUCUAUAUUCUACAGUAAAUAUCAUUAUUUUUGGUCAAAACUGACAACCUGAAAAAGAUAUGUUUGUGACUGUAUGCAUUUGUAUGAAUUAUUUUAAAAGGAAAUAAAAUGUGGAAAGGUGAAGUUUAUGUUUUAUUCAUCUCGAACCUUGA